CACAGACCAACCACCAUGGGGAUUAAUUCGUUAGCCACGGCUGUAUCAAACCCUAUCAUCGAGAGCGGCCGGGAAUGGCUUGCGAUUUGAGGCUAUGACGCAGAUCUUGUUUCAAUGCAUCGUGCGGUCGGACGUCGGGACUGUCGCAAGUCUGCGCCUGGCGUCCGAACCGCAGCAUCUUCUCAAGCGCUAGAGAGGGCUGUGACAGUGUUUCGCUUUCUCAACUGCCGCAAAAAUAGAUUGGGCGGCUUCAUGUAUCACAAUGAUUUCACUUAUAAACCUAUGCCAAGGUCAUGAUUUCUGGGCUCUGUAUCAAUCCAGCUCACCACCGAUUCACCACAUCUUCUACUCUCCAUCUCAAUUACCAACAACUCCAAUCACCCCAACAUCAACAUCCAAAUCUCCAAGAUGGCCUUUGCAUCACUGAAGAAGUUUGAGCCUUACUUUGCGCCGCGAUACAAGACGCCCAUGCACUUGGUUCAGAUUGUACUGGUCAUCAUCGUGAUUGGCCUGUCGGCUGCCCGAAUGUCGAUGAAGAACUCGCCCCGAGGACGAUCCACAACGAUCGGUCUUGCCAUGGGUGUCAAAUCUCUCAUCAUUAUCCUGUAUCAGCUCGUCACCGAGCACGUUGACCGAUUCUCACGAUUCGCAAGCCUCAAGGCCUUUGCGAUCCUCAAUUCACUGGAAGUUGUCUUCUGGGGAGCCGUUGCCUUUCUGUCGCUGCAGGCGAACACCAAGACUUGCGAGGGAACCAGCUGCACUUUGGGCUGGGUUAUAGUGGCCUUGGCGGUCAUCUUGAACUUUCUCGCAAACUACACCGCCAUAGUGUCUGUUCUGGACUGGCAUCACUUCCGCAACCACCGCUCCCCUCGCGGUAUCAAGAUUGCUAGCCAGGGAGAUCAAGAGUCAUCACUGUCGACCGUUCCGGUUUACCGACAGUAAGGGUCAGCACAUGUUAGAAGUGGGUGUGUACCUAUCAUGGCAAGGUCACCAGGGCUGGACUCUGGUCCCGAAUCAUGAUUUGGCGUUCGAUAAGAGUGUGGGCUGGUGA